CGCUUAUGGCCGGUGAGAGGCGGAGCUGAGACGGACAUGGGAAUGUGUGCGGACUGUUCACAAAACAAAAGCUGAGUCCCAGAAGCAGCCGGCAGGCAGGCAAGACAGACAGUGUAGUCGGCUGCUGGUGCCAAGCCUGCUCUCCUCUUGCCUCUUCUCUGGGUCUUCACGCUUCCCUCCAGCGAUCAUGUUCCUCCCUUUCCUGAUGCUGCUACCUUCGGUGUUCGCCAAUACCACUGACCUAACGUUUGAACUGCCAGAUAAAGAGAUUCAGUGUUUCUACGAAGAGGUGCAAAAGGAUGUCAAGUACACUUUGGUUUUCCAGGUGAUUGCAGGUGGUCACUACGAUGUGGAUUGUUUCAUCGAGGAUCCCUUAAGGCGAAUGAUCUACAGAAAGCACAAGAUACGGCACGACACCUUUGGUGCGAUGGCGGAGAUCCCCGGAGUCUACAGCUUCUGCUUCGGCAACCAGUUCUCCACCUUCACUCACAAGAAGAUUUACUUCCACCUUGAGGUGGGCGAGGCGUCUCCAGCCCUCCCCACUGUUGAGGACAAGGAUUCUGCUCUCACGCAGCUGGAGUCCUCCUGCACUUCCAUCCAUUAUGCAUUGAGGAGUGUGGUCAGGCUGCAGACACAACAACGCAUACAGGCGUCAAUCGAUCGCAUACACGCAGAAGGCAUCAGUACCCACAUCAUCUACUGGGCAUCAAGCGAGACCAUCAUCCUUUUUCUGGUUACUGUUGGCCAGGUGAUCAUCCUGAAGAGAUUCUUCACUGAAAAAAGGGCCCAGGCGAGUGUGGCCACCACCUAACGUCUGACAUCUGUUGGCCGCUGUAACCGAGCCACUCGAAAUCACUGGUGUGUGCGGCGUUACUGUAUGGAUAUUAGGUGAUAAUCAAGCUGCAUUGGUCAAAGAGGAGAUAAUAGUCAGUGAAGCUAGACCCUGGUUAACUAAAAGUUGCAAAGAGAGGGAUGCCUGGACCUGUGUCUCGCAGUCAGCACUUCUUACCAUACAUUAGAACCUCUCACAUCCUCAGGCCAACCCCACAACCAAUAAGAGAAUGUAAGAGCUUGCAUUUAUACAGCACCUUUCGUGAACACAGGAUGUCCCCAAUAAAUUAAUUUUUUGAAGUGCUA